AACCCGAGUUGUGAUUGGUUUAAGGGAUAGAGUCCACCAAGUUAAAAUACAGCCCGUUCCUCUCACAGUUUGCGGCGACGACUCUACACGUGCCGUCGGAAAAGCCACACUUCAAAAUGCGUCACAUAGCCGCCUACCUUUUAGCAGCCAUGGGCACUAAUCAACCCACAGCUGCCACCAUCAAGUCCAUCCUUGGCAGUGUUGGUGUAGAGGCUGAUGAAAAACAACUAGCAGUCCUCAUUGAAAAGUUGGAAGGCAAGAAUUUAAACAACCUUAUUGCCCAAGGUUCAGCACUAAUUUCAUCAAUGCCAUCCUGUGGUGGCGGCGUCAGCAGCAGUAUUGAUGCAGUUGCCCCUGCUGCAGCCCCAGCUGCUGAAGUAAAGGAAGAAAAGAAAGAAGAGCCAGAGGAAGAAUCUGAUGAUGAUAUGGGCUUUGGUCUCUUUGAUUAAAUAAAAUAAAAUGCUUUGAAUAUUGUA